UGAGUCGCAUCCCAACUCUCUCUCUCUCUCCUCCAGCCAAGACGUGCUUCCUCGGCGGGACAUGGCAGGUGCUGCCGCCGGCUCUGAGUGCGCGCUGAGCGGCGUGUGGCUGUGCGGCUGAGCGGUGAGGUGGAGGAUGUUGCCGCGGCUCCUGGAAGUCCGCUCCUCCUCGUCCCAGUCUUCCCGCCUCCUGCGCGCGGAUUUACGCCGGACUCGCUCCUCCAGGAGGAUUUAAAAGGAGGAUUUAAAGAAAUAAAUUGGGCAUCUUUUUUUUUUUCUUUUUUGGUGGGGGAGACACGGACUCGCCUCCUCCAUCCGCAGUGCGGCUGCAUGCGAAGUGACACCUGCAGGUGCAUGAUGCCCCCCAUCUCUAAAGAGGCUUGAUCUCGUGGACCGUGUGCCUCUUUCCCGCUCUUCGCCGCAGCCAUGACGUCCCACGUCGUGAGGACACGGACCUUCUUUUUCCUAUGCUGCCUCUUCUCCACCUUGGCGCCGCUUGUGACGCCGCAGACAUCGGCGCGAGCGUCGCAGGCCCACGACGUGGCCUCCCAGGUCAUCACGGCGUCCAUCGAGGAGGAAGAGUACGCCUCGUUCCGCGCCGAGAACCCAGAGUGGACGUUCAACCAUUUGACGGUGGACUAUCGCAACGGCAACGUUUACCUGGGAGCCGUGAAUCGCAUCUUUAAACUGUCGCCCGGCUUGGAGGUGCAGGUGUCGCACCAAACCGGGCCGGACGAAGACAACCGCAAGUGCUACCCGCCCCGCAUCGUCCAGCCGUGCAGCGAGCCCCUCACGCUCACCAACAACGUCAACAAGAUGCUGCUGAUGGACUACCGGGAAAACCGUCUGCUGGCGUGCGGCAGCCUCUACCAGGGCAUCUGCAAACUGCUGCGCCUGGACGACCUCUUCAAGCUCGGGGAGCCCUUCCACAAGAAGGAACACUACCUCUCCGGCGUCAAUGAGAGCGGCUCUGUGUUUGGCGUCAUCGUCUCCUACGGCAACGCCUCCCCGGACAUGUUGUUCGUAGCCACGGCGGUGGACGGCAAGCCGGAGUACUUCCCCACCAUCUCCAGCCGCAAGCUGGCCAGGAACUCUGAGGAGGAUGGAAUGUUCGCCUACGUCUUUCACGAUGAGUUCGUGGCCUCCAUGAUUAAGAUCCCCUCAGACACCUUCACCGUCAUACCAGACUUUGACAUUUAUUACAUUUACGGCUUCGCCAGUGGAAACUUUGUCUACUUCCUGACGCUGCAGCCCGAAAUGGGGGGCGGCCCCACCACCGGGUCCUCCUCGGCCGGUAAAGAGCAGGUCUACACCUCCAAGAUAGUCCGCCUCUGCAAAGCAGACACCGCCUUCCACUCCUACGUGGAGGUGCCCAUCGGAUGCGUGAGCGGCAAUGUGGAUUACCGACUGCUUGAGGCGGCCUACCUGUCCAAAGCCGGCGCCAACUUGGCGCGCUCGCUGGACGUGGCGCCGGACGACGACGUGCUGUUCGCCGUUUUCUCCAAGGGACAGAAGAGACGGCCGCGGCAGGAAUUCCAAGACUCAGCGUUGUGCGUCUUCUCCCUGCGGGAGAUCAACGAGAAAAUCAAAGACAGGCUGCAGUCGUGCUACAGGGGCGAGGGCACCUUGGACCUGGCUUGGCUCAAGGUCAAAGAUAUUCACUGCAGCAGUGCGCUCUUGACCAUCGAUGACGACUUCUGCGGCCUGGACAUGAACGCACCGCUGGGCGUGUCGGAGAUGGUGCAAGGCAAGUCCCUCUUCUCGGACGCCAAUGACAAAAUGACCUCGGUGGUGGCCUACGUGUACAAGAACCACUCGCUGGUCUUCGUGGGCACCAAGAGCGGACGCGUGAAAAAGAUACGAGUGGACGGCUCCUCGCGGGCCCUGCAGUACGAGACGGUGCAGGCGGUGGAAAGCGGUCCCAUCCUGCGCGACAUGGCCUUCUCUUCUGACUACCACUACCUCUAUGUCAUGUCCGAGACCCAGCUUUCAAGGAUGCCUGUGGAGGCGUGUGGUCAGUACUCCACCUGCAGCGAAUGCCUGGGAUCGGGAGACCCUCACUGCGGCUGGUGUGUCCUGCACAACACGUGCACACGGAAGGAGAAAUGCGAGCGUUCGACGGAGCCUCGCCGCUUUGCGUCUGACAUCAAGCAGUGUGUGCGACUGAGCGUGCACCCCAACAACAUUUCCGUGUCCCUGUUCAGUGUGACGCUGGUCCUGGAAGCACACAAUGUGCCAGAACUGACCGCCGGGGUCAACUGCACCUUCGAGGACCUGGCGGAAAUGAGCGGCCUGGUGGAGGGGAACCGAAUUCGGUGUUUCUCUCCCGCCGAGAAGGAGAUGCCUCGCGUCGUCGUCGACAAAGGCGACCACCAGAUAGUGCAGCUCUAUCUCAAGUCCAAAGAGACCGGCCUGGCGUUCGCUAACACCAGUUUUGUCUUCUACAACUGCAGCGUCCACAAGUCGUGCUUGUCUUGCGUGAGCAGUCCUUACCAGUGCCACUGGUGCAAGUACAGACACGACUGCACACAUGACCCCAGGACCUGUUCCUUCCAGGAGGGACGAGUCAAGAAAGCUGAGGAGUGUCCCCAGCUGUUGCCAGCAGGCCGCGUCCUGGUCCCGGUCAACGUGGUGAAGCCCAUCACCCUGCGGGCCAAGAACCUCCCCCAGCCUCAGUCGGGUCAGCGCGGCUACGAGUGCCUGCUGACCAUCCAAGGCAACGAGCACCGCGUCCCCGCCCUCCGCUUCAACAGCUCCUCGGUGCAGUGUCAGAACACAUCGUACGUCUACGACGGGAUGGAGAUGAGCAGCCUUCCUGUGGAGCUGACCGUCAUCUGGAACGGAGACUUCAGUAUCGACAACCCCGCCCACAACAAAGUCCACCUGUACAAGUGUGACGCCCAGCGCGGGAGCUGCGGACUGUGCCUGAAGGCCGACCCACUGUUUGGCUGCGUGUGGUGCAAAAGAGAGAACCGCUGCACCCUCAAGCAACACUGCCCGCAGCCCGAGAACCAGUGGCUGGAGCACAACGGCAUCAACAGCAAGUGCACGCACCCCCGAAUCACUCAGGUCACACCCCUGCGAGGGCCCAGAGAAGGCGGGACGCUGGUGACCAUCCGCGGUGAGAACUUGGGCCUGGAGUUCCGUGAGAUCCAGGCCAACGUGAAGGUGGCGGAGGUGGAGUGCACGCCCAUCCGGGACGGUUACAUCCCAGCAGAACAGAUCGUGUGUGAGAUGGGUCGAGCCGAGAUGAGCCAGUACACAGGACACGUGCAGGUGUGCAUCGGCGUGGGCGAGUGCAGACCGGAAUUCACGGCCAAAUCAUACAAGUAUUAUUACUUUGUGACUCCGAAGAUCGGAAGCAUCAAGCCCAACAGGGGGCCCAUCUCUGGGGGGACGGUGGUCACAAUCGCUGGCGCCAACCUGGACGCCGGCAGCAAUGUGUCCAUCAUGUUUAAGGACCAGCCGUGCACUUUGCUCAAACGCGGCGGCCUGUGGUUGAAGUGCCGCACCCAUGCGUCUCUGCACGGCUACGGAAACGUGUCCGUGUCGAUGAGCAUCGACAACGCUCAGCUUCAGAAAGACCUUCGUUUCGUGUACGUCGAGGACCCCACCGUCACCAAGAUAGAGCCCGAGUGGAGCAUCUACAGUGGACACACCCCAGUGACAGUGACAGGAACCAACCUGGACAUCAUCCAAACGCCUUUCAUCAGAGCCAAAUACAACAAUCACGAGACGCUCAAUUCAUGCCAGGUCCUAAGUCCGACGUCCAUGCAGUGCCAGGCACCUGAGCUCCCCAUCAGCUUGGCCCACCAGCGGGAGUUGCCAGAGAGGCCCGACGAGUUCGGCUUCAAGCUGGACGACGUGCAGGCGGUCAUGGCGCUCAACAACACCAACUUUAUCUACUACCCCAACCCUGAGUUUGAGCCUCUGAGCGCGUCUGGAGAACUGGAGCUGAAACCCGGAUCUCCCAUCAUACUGAAGGGACGGAACUUCCUCCCGCCAACCAACAGCGGAAACGGCAAAAUGAACUACACUGUUCUUAUCGGAGAGAAACCCUGCAUGUUGACCGUGUCAGAGACCCAACUGCUGUGUGAGUCGCCAAACCUGACAGGUCGACACAAAGUUCUGGCUCGCGUGGGCGGCAUCGAGUUCUCCCCGGGCGAGGUCCACAUCACGUCGGACAGCCCGCUCAGCAGCACGGCCAUCAUCAGCAUCGCGGCGGCCGGCGCUCUGCUCCUCCUCGCCAUUGUCAUGGUGCUUAUCGCCUACAAGCGCAAGUCUCGUGAGAGCGACUUGACACUGAAGAGGCUCCAGAUGCAGAUGGACAACUUAGAGUCGCGGGUGGCGCUGGAGUGCAAGGAAGCUUUUGCAGAGCUACAAACGGACAUCCAUGAGCUGACCAGCGACUUGGACGGUGUAGGAAUCCCUUUCCUGGACUACAGGACGUACACCAUGAGGGUCCUUUUCCCCGGCAUUGAGGAGCAUCCUGUUCUGCGAGACUUGGAGGUGCCAGGCUACCGUCAGGAUCAAGUUGAAAAAGGCCUGAAGCUCUUUGGUCAGCUGAUCAACAACAAAGUCUACCUGCUGUGUUUCAUUCGCACGCUGGAAGCCCAACGAGGUUUUUCUAUGCGCGACCGCGGCAACGUGGCCUCGCUUAUCAUGACGGUGCUGCAGAGCAAGCUGGAGUACGCCACCGACGUCCUCAAGCACCUGCUCUCCGACCUCAUCGACCGCAACCUGGAGAGCAAAAACCACCCCAAGCUGCUGCUGCGCAGGACCGAGUCUGUAGCGGAGAAAAUGCUGACCAACUGGUUCACCUUUCUGCUGUACAAGUUCCUCAAGGAGUGUGCGGGGGAGCCGCUCUUCUCGCUCUUCUGUGCCAUCAAGCAGCAGAUGGAGAAAGGGCCUAUCGACUCCAUCACAGGAGAAGCACGUUAUUCUCUCAGCGAGGACAAACUCAUCAGACAACAGAUCGACUACAAGACGCUGGUGGUAAACUGCAUCCACCCUGAGAACGAGAAGAGCCCAGAGAUCCAAGUGAAGGUGCUCAACUGUGACACCAUCAGUCAGGUGAAGGAGAAGAUCCUGGACGCCAUUUACAAGAAUGUGCCGCAUUCGCAUCGUCUCAAGGCCUCAGACAUGGACCUGGAGUGGCGUCAGGGACGAGGACAGCGUGUCAUCUUGCAGGAUGAGGACGUCACCACCAAGAUCGAAGGCGACUGGAAGAGGCUGAACAUGCUCGCCCACUAUCAGGUGCCCGACAACGCAGUGAUGGCCCUGGUCCCCAAGCAAGUAACGGCCUACAACUCGGUCAACAACUCCACCGUGUCCCGGACGUCCGCCAGCAAAUACGAGAACAUGAUCAAGUACACGGGCAGCCCAGACAGCCUUCGCUCGCGGACGCCCAUGAUCACGCCCGACUUGGAGAGCGGCGUGAAGGUGUGGCACCUGGUCAAGAACCACGAGCACGGCGACCAGAAGGAGGGCGACCGCGGCAGCAAGAUGGUGUCCGAAAUCUACCUGACCAGACUCCUGGCCACCAAGGGAACGCUGCAGAAGUUUGUGGACGACCUUUUCGAGACCAUCUUCAGCACGGCGCACAGGGGCAGCGCCCUGCCGCUCGCCAUCAAGUACAUGUUCGACUUCCUGGACGAGCAGGCCGACAAACACAGCAUUCAUGACCCGCACGUGCGACACACGUGGAAGAGCAACUGCCUACCUCUGCGUUUCUGGGUGAACGUGAUCAAGAACCCUCAGUUCGUCUUCGACAUCCACAAGAGCAGCAUCACCGACGCCUGCCUGUCCGUGGUGGCUCAGACCUUCAUGGACUCCUGCUCCACCUCGGAGCACCGCCUUGGGAAGGACUCGCCCUCCAACAAGCUGCUGUACGCCAAGGACAUCCCCAGUUACAAGAGCUGGGUGGAGAGGUACUACUCCGAUAUCAACAAGAUGCCGGCCAUCAGCGACCAGGACAUGAACGCCUACUUGGCCGAGCAGUCGCGCAUGCACAUGAACGAGUUCAACAGCAUGAGUUCCCUGAGCGAGAUCUACUCCUACGUGGGAAAAUACACGGAGGAGAUUGUUUGUGCGCUGGAGCAGGACGACGCCGCCAGGAAACAACGGCUGGCCUUCAAACUGGAACAGGUGGUGGCCUUCAUGACGCUGGAGAGCUGAGGACCGCACUUCCCAGCAUGCACUGGGAAGAAGACCCCGAGUAGAAGAAGACCCCGCCCCAUCCCUGCUCCACACACUUGUCCUAAAAACCGAGCCGUGCCUGAGCGAAAACCUGUUCCUGUUGUUUUUCUGCUUCCUUACUUGUUUUCCCCUGCUGCUGCCCCCUACUGGACACUUUUUACGUUGCCUUCGAGGAUUUGCACUGGUGGCGAGCGAGCCAAACCAGAAGUUUACACUGAGCAAACACGCGGGCCUGAGAAUGUUCCGCAACCUUCCAUAGCUGGACUUUGCAUUCAGACCAAGGGUGCGUUCAGGCGCAUGGUGUUUGCCGGUUAAAAGGAACGCUGAUGAGUUGGAGCAAACAAACGUACCAGCCCGAGAGCUUCCUUUUAACACUCGGGUGUCCAAAGCAAGGACAUAUUCCAAUCACUAAGUUUAACCUUACAGACCAUUUUCCUAGGGCCCACUUUUUCUAUACUGUUUGAAAAAAAUGUAGAUUUUACGGUAAAAACAAAAAAAUAGCAGCUCACUUGCCAGAAUUUUACAGUGUUUUUUUAUACACAUAAUUACAGUAAAUUAGAAAAUACUACCAUUGCUAUUUUUAAAGGCCUACUGAAACCCACUACUACCCACCACGCAGUCUGAUAGUUUAUAUAUAAUCCAUCCAUUUUCUACCGCUUGUUCCCUUUUGGGGUCGCGGGGGGCGCUGGCGCCUAUCUCAGCUACAAUCGGGCGGAAGGCGGGGUACACCCUGGACAAGUCGCCACCUUAUCGCAGGGCCAGUUUAUAUAUCAAUGAUGAAAUAUUAACAUUGCAACACAUGCCAAUACGGCUUUUUUAGUUUACUAAAUUACAAUUUUAAAUUUCCCGGGAGUUUCGUCUUGAAAACGUCGUGUAAUGAUGACGUGUCCACAUGACGUCGCAGGGUUUUAGGAAGUGUCAGCGCUACGCACACACACAGGUAAAAGCCGUCUGCUUUAACGGCAUAAUUACACAAUAUUUUGGACAUCUGUGUUGCUGAAUCUUUUGCAAUUCGUUCAAUUAAUAUUGGAGAAGUCACAGUAGAAAGAUGGAGUUGGGAAGCUUUAGCCUUUAGCCACACAAACACACGGUGAUUCCUUGUUUAAAAUUCCCGGAGGUGAACAUUUCCUAUGGAUCAGAGCGCGGUCAAGCGAACAUGAAUCCAAACCAAAUGUCAACCAGCAGGUUUCGGUGAGAAAAUUAUGGUAAAAAAGUCAGUUUUAUCGGAUAAAAGGUGAGCUUGUGCCGUCCAUAGCUGCCGUCGACUCCCAUGAGACACUGCGCGUCAACACCCGGCCGUGGACACACCCCUUCUGACUAUCAGGUACUAUUAAACUCACUAAAACACUAGCAACACAACAGAAAGAUAAGGGAUUUCCCAGAAUUAUCCUGGUAAAUGUGUUUAAAAACAUCGGAAUACGUCCCAAUGCUAUCACGUUUUUUUUUUCUAGUCCGUCACUAUCAAUAUCCUCAAACACGAAUCUUUCAUCCUCGCUCAAAUUAAUGUGGAAAUUGUCGUUUUCUCGGUCCGAAUAGCUAUUUUUGUUGGAGACUCCCAUUAGAAACAAUGUGAGGGUGUGAGGAGCCAUCAACAUGUGACAUCAUCGUCUGCGACUUUCGGUAAAGGCGAGGCUUUUUCAGGAAAUACCAAAAGUGGCGAACUUUAUCGUCGAUUUUUUUACUAAAUCCUUUCAGCAAAAAUAUGGCAAUAUCGCGAAAUGAUCAAGUAUGACACAUAGAAUGGACUUGCUAUCCCCGUUUAAAUAAAAACAUCUCAUUUCAGUAGGCCUUUAAAGUAACAUUCUGGGACUGGGAUUGUUUUUACAGUGCAUUACUGUAAAUCAGGCCUGGGCAAUUAUUUUGAUUUGGGGGCCAAAUUUAGAGAAAAAAAUGUGUCUGGGGACCGGUAUAUCUAUUUUUAGGAACACAAAUACAAAACCUCACAAGAAUGUCUGAAUGCUAAAAACUUUAUGACAAACGGAAUGCAAUUUUACGUCUUUUUUUUCACUGAACGAGACACCCUGAAUGUACAUUAAAAUAAAGAAUACAAUAUUAACUACGAACGAUAAAACACUGAAUAUUGACACCAUAUGAACAUCAACAUAUUUUACAAUCAAGCGAAACACACAAAAAAAUGCAACAAACACAGCAAAAUAUGAAGGUGAAGGGUAAAAAAAAACAAACACCAACAAUUUGAUAUAUCGCUAACCUUCAGAAUUUUGUUGUAAAAAUCUCCUUCUGCGUCUGUCUGACACCCACAUUUCAGGCUCGCCGCUUUGGAAACACUCUGUGGAAACGCUCCCCACCCACACUGCUUGGUGCCUCGUCUGAGCUGCUGUGACUUAGAUGACCAAAGUAACUAUUUAGAUGACCAUAGCAACUAAUUAGAUGACCAUAGUAACUAAUUAGAUGACCAUAGUAACUAAUUAGAUGACCAUAGCAACUAAUUAGAUGACCAUAGUAACUAAUUAGAUGACCAUAGUAACUAAUUAGAUGACGAUAGCAACUAAUUAGAUGACCAUAGUAACUAAUUAGAUGACCAUAGUAACUAAUUAGAUGACCAUAGUAACUAAUUAGAUGACCAUAGCAACUAAUUAGAUGACCAUAGUAACUAAUUACAUGACCAUAGUAACUAAUUAGAUGACCAUAGCAACUAAUUAGAUGACCAUAGCAACUAAUUAGAUGACCAUAGUAACUAAUUAGAUGACCAUAGUAACUCAUUAGAUGACCAUAGUAACUAAUUACAUGACCAUAGUAACUAAUUAGAUGACCAUAGCAACUAAUUAGAUGACCAUAGCAACUAAUUAGAUGACCAUAGUAACUAAUUAGAUGACCAUAGCAACUAAUUAGAUGACCAUAGCAACUAAUUACAUGACCAUAGUAACUAAUUAGAUGACCAUAGCAACUAAUUAGAUGACCAUAGCAACUAAUUAGAUGACCAUAGCAACUAAUUAGAUGACCAUAGUAACUAAUUAGAUGACCAUAGUAACUAAUUAGAUGACCAUAGUAACUAAUUAGAUGACCAUAGCAACUAAUUAGAUGAUCAUAGUAACUAAUUACAUGACCAUAGUAACUAAUUAGAUGACCAUAGCAACUAAUUAGAUGACCAUAGUAACUAAUUAGAUGACCAUAGUAACUAAUUAGAUGACCAUAGCAACUAAUUACAUGACCAUAGUAACUAUUUAGAUGACCAUAGUAACUAAUUACAUGACCAUAGUAACUAAUUAGAUGACCAUAGCAACUAAUUAGAUGAUCAUAGCAACUAAUUAGAUGACCAUAGUAACUAAUUAGAUGACCAUAGUAACUAAUUAGAUGACCAUAGUAACUAAUUAGAUGACCAUAGCAACUAAUUAGAUGACCAUAGUAACUAAUUACAUGACCAUAGUAACUAAUUAGAUGACCAUAGCAACUAAUUAGAUGACCAUAGCAACUAAUUAGAUGACCAUAGUAACUAAUUAGAUGACCAUAGUAACUCAUUAGAUGACCAUAGUAACUAAUUACAUGACCAUAGUAACUAAUUAGAUGACCAUAGCAACUAAUUAGAUGACCAUAGCAACUAAUUAGAUGACCAUAGUAACUAAUUAGAUGACCAUAGCAACUAAUUAGAUGACCAUAGCAACUAAUUACAUGACCAUAGUAACUAAUUAAAUGACCAUAGCAACUAAUUAGAUGACCAUAGCAACUAAUUAGAUGACCAUAGUAACUAUUUAGAUGACCAUAGUAACUAUUUAGAUGACCAUAGUAACUAAUUAGAUGACCAUAGUAACUAAUUAGAUGACCAUAGUAACUAAUUAGAUGACCAUAGCAACUAAUUAGAUGACCAUAGUAACUAAUUAGAUGACCAUAGUAACUAAUUACAUGACCAUAGUAACUAUUUAGAUGACCAUAGCAACUAAUUAGAUGACCAUAGCAACUAAUUAGAUGACCAUAGCAACUAAUUAGAUGACCAUAGUAACUAAUUAGAUGACCAUAGCAACUAAUUAGAUGACCAUAGCAACUAAUUACAUGACCAUAGUAACUAAUUAGAUGACCAUAGCAACUAAUUAGAUGACCAUAGCAACUAAUUAGAUGACCAUAGCAACUAAUUAGAUGACCAUAGUAACUAAUUAGAUGACCAUAGUAACUAAUAUAUCAUGCAAAAGCGCAGAUUCCAACCACUGAAAUACUUAGUAUAGUUCAAGACUUACGGUCAUUUGAAAACAUCUCUGCAGCUACACUUUCCAUCUUAAAAAUUUAAAAAAAUUAUUUGGGAAUGUCCGGCGGGCCGGAUUGAAAAGCUUAAUGGGCCGGGUGUGGCCCCCGGGCCUUAUAUUGCCCAGGUCUGCUGCCACUCUUAUUUUUAUCCUAAUUACAACUGACAUGUUUACAGUAUAAUUCACUUUCGGUGCAUUGUCUGUCUGGGUUAUUGUUCCGUUUGGUUUUUCAUCUGACAUUUUGAAACCGAUUACCGUAUUUUUCGGAAUAUAAGUCGCAGUUUUUUUCAUAGUUUGGCCGGGGGUGCGACGUAUACUCCGCAGCGACUUAUGUGUGAAAUUAUUAACAUAUUACCGUAAAAUAUCAAAUAUUAUUUAUCUCAUUCACGUUUGAGACUAGCCGGAUGUCAGCAAUCGUCACACACACACGUUAACCAAUGAAAAUUCGGCGGAGGCGGGUCAUGGCAGAAGUGCAUCAUGGGAAAGAAGACGCUACCUGCUAUGGUACAUUGGCAGUAACUUAUAAAAACAAAGGGCUGAACAAGAAUGGCACCGAAAAGGAAAGCAUGUACUGCAGGUUACAAGCUGGAAGUAGUGAAAUAUGCAGCAGGAAACGGCAAUCGAGCAGCAGAAAGAAACUUGUAAGGGACUGGCGAAAAGCGGAGACCAGAGGUGGGUAGAGUAGCCAGAAAUUGUACUCAAGUAAGAGUACUGUUACUUCAGAGAUUUAUUACUCAAGUAAAAGUAAGGAGUAGUCACCCAAAUAUUUACUUGAGUAAAAGUAAAAAGUAUGUUGUGAAAAAACUACUCAAGUACUGAGUAACUGAUGAGUAACCUGUUCGUUUAAUGAUUACGGCAACUAAUAAUGCACAAAAACAUAAAAAUAGCAACGAGCAAAUUCAGAGUCAGGAAUAUCUCUUAGGCAACUAGAAUAAUGAUACAUAUUUAAUAAUAGUACAUUAAAAAAAAGAAAAAUUAUGCACAUUGAGCCACAAUAACUUAACAGCACCAUAGGCUCAGUAGGCUUUCUCUGAUUGAUUGAUUGAUUGAUUGAUUGAUUGAUUGAAACUUGUAUUAUUAGAUUGCAGAGUACAGUACAUAUUCCCUACAAUUGACCACUAAAUGGUAACACCCCAAUAAGUUUUUCAACAUGUCGGGUUCUACGUAUCACGGUCAUGUGACCGCCUGGCUCUGUUUGAUUGGUCCAACGUCACCAGUGCUUGCAUGUGAUUGGUGAAAUGCAGGCAUGCGUAGAUCCUACUUUGAAAAACCAAAACAAACAUUAAUAGAUCGAUAAAAAAAAAGUAGCGAGCUGAAUGUAGAUAAAUGGAGCGGAGUAAAAGUAGCGUUUCUUCUCUAUAAAUAAACUCAAGUAAAAGUAAAAGUAUGUUGCAUAAAAACUACUCUUAGAAGUACAAUUUAUCCCAAAAGUUACUCAAGUAGAUGUAACGGAGUAAAUGUAGCGCGUUACUACCCACCUCUGGCGGAGACUACUAUUACUGAAAUGAAGAAAACUAAAAAAGCUAAUCGCGGGCAAAAAGCUAGGUGGCCACAGCUCGAAGAACCUGCAUUUUCGGCAGGUGCGACUUAUACUCCGGUGCGACUUAUACUCCGAAAAAUACGGUACUAACAAAACUGAGUGCUCCUGUGUUUUUACCGACAUUGCAUUUCUUGUUGCAUGUAAGUACAGUUUUACCUCCGUUUUUGUCCGUAAUCUGUUUCAAAACAUCCCGCGAAAACCCGAGUGAUUUUUCCACUGAAUCCAAUCCAGACACCCGAAAACAUAAAAACAAAACGUUGAACCUUGAAUACAGAAUAAUCAGACUGUAGUGAUGCGUGCAGGGUAAAUGGAUGAAUGAACUUCAUCACUUCAUCUAACACUUUGAAAAAAAACAAAUAUUGUUUUUAGAGUAAAAAAAAAAAAAAGCCAUUUUGAUGUAAAAUUUUCGUGACUGAGCUGUCGUCUUUGUUUGCAAAGAAAGUGAGGAACAUAUGAGGGGAGGUAUUUUAUUUUUCCGACCAUAGGGCGCACCGAUUUUCAUGCAAAAGGCACACCAGAUUAUAAGGCGCAUCAAAGGUGUCAUUUUAUCAUUGUUUUGUUUCUCCGUGUAAAACACUUCUUACAUAACAUGUAAUGCUGGGUCUUAGGUCAAAAUAUUGCAUGGAUGAUGUUUUACACGCCAUCUUCAAAGACGCUUUCCGACCGUCCCUUCAAAAUGCGCCGUUUUGUGGGCGGUCUUAUUUACGUCCCUCCACUUCGACAGUGUCUUCUUUUUGUUGUACUCUUUAGCGCUUCCGCAGCGAGUCCACUGACAGGUAUAAGGGAGAAUUGUACGGCACUUUAUAUUAGACACGGCGACAGCGGAGGAUGAAUGCCCCGCAACAAGAGGAUAGAGAAAAAGAAGGAGCUUAUUGACUACUGCUCGGACUACACUGGCGAACUCAUGCAGAUCCCAAAAUGCGCAUCAGCGGGUACCGAUCGGAAAGAAAAGUUGGUUUUGCAUAAUAUUGCAAAACAGAACAAUAUGUCUCCUAACAGGUGCUAUUCUGGGGUAGUUAGACACACCAUAAUAUUACUUAUAUGUUGAAGCACAGUACGUCUGACUACUAAUUCUUCGCGACCCAUCAAGCGGUGCGGCUUUGCAGUUUACCAAAGUCCUAAUCAAAUAUUUUCACCGUUUUUUGAACGCUGUCUGUAAUGUUCUAUAUUCUCAAUGAACAUUUUGGUGUUGCUUGCUUACGGGUACUUGCUCGCGUCAUUUAUUGAACAGGCUUCAACCUGCAGUCUACACCAGUGGUUCUCAAAUGGGGGUACACGUACCCCUGGGGGUACUUGAAGGUAUGCCAAGGGGUACGUGAGAUUUUUUUUAAAAUAUUCUAAAAAUAGCAACAAUGUAAAAAUCCUUUAUAAAUAUAUUUAUUGAAUUGAUACUUCAACAAAAUAUGAAUGAAAGUUCAUAAACUGUGAAAAGAACUGCAACAACGCAAUAUUCAGUGUUGACAGCUAGAUUUUUUCAUUAAUAUUGAUGUUAAAGAUAUUUUUUUUUGUGAAUAAAUGUUUAGAAUUAAGUUCAUGAAUCCAGAUGGAUCUCUAUUACAAUCCCAAAGAGGGCACUUUAAGUUGAUGAUUUAUUCUAUGUGUAGAAAUCUUUAUGUAUAAUUGAAUCACUUGUAUAUUUUUCAACCAGUUUUUAGUUAUUUUUAUAUCUUUUUUCCCAAAUAGUUCAAGAAAAAACACUACAAAUGACCAAUAUUUUGCACUGCUAUACAAUUUAAUAGAUCAGAAACUGAUGACAGUACUGUAUUUUACUUCUUUAUCUCUUUUUUUCAACCGAAAAUGUUUUGUUUUGAUUAGGGGGUACUUGAAUUAAAAAAAAAUUCACAGGGGGUACAUCACUGAAAAAAGGUUGAGAACCACUGGUCUACACAUAUCUCUUAUGUGUGACCGCCAUCUACUGCUCACACUUAUUCUCACACCGUAUACCAAAUAAAAUUGCUUCAAAGCCAGAAUUGAUACGUACAUUAGGCGCACUGUCCCAUUUUUUAGUGUGUAUUAUAGUCCGUAAAAGACAGUACUUUUUUACUUUGUGUUCUUUCUUGACUUCAAUAGUGUUUUCAACCGAAAAUGUUUUGUUUUGAUUAGGGGGUACUUGAAUUAAAAAAAUGUUCACAGGGGGUACAUCACUGAAAAAUGGUUGAGAACCACUGGUCUACACAUAUCUCUUAUGUGUGACCGCCAUCUACUGCUCACACUUAUUCUCACACCAUAUACCAAAUAAAAUGGCUUCAAAGCCAGAAAUAAUACGUACAUUAAGCGCACUGUCCCAUUUUUUAGUGUGCAAUAUAGUCCGUUGAAUACAGUACUUUUUUACUUUGUGUUCUUUCUUGACUUCAAUAGUGUUUUCAACCGAAAAUGUUUUGUUUUGAUUAGGGGGUACUUGAAUUAAAAAAAUGUUCACAGGGGGUACAUCACUGAAAAAAGGUUGAGAACCACUGGUCUACACAUAUCUCUUAUGUGUGACCGCCAUCUACUGCUCACACUUAUUCUCACACCAUAUACCGAAUAAAAUUGCUUCGAAGCCAGAAUUAAUACGUACAUUAGGCGCACUGUCCCAUUUUUUAGUGUGCAUUAUGGUCCGUUAAAUACGGUACUUUUUUACUUUGUGUUCUUUCUUGACUUCAAUAGUGUUUUCAACCGAAAAUGUUUUGUUUUGAUUAGGGGGUACUUGAAUUAAAAAAAUGUUCACAGGGGGUACAUCAAUGAAAAAAGGUUGAGAACCACUGGUCUACACUAAUCUCUUAUGUGUGACCGCCAUCUACUGCUCACACUUAUUCUCACACCAUAUACCAAAUAAAAUUGCUUCAAAGCCAGAAUUGAUAGGUACAUUAGGCGCACUGUCCCAUUUUUUAGUGUGCAUUAUGGUCCGUUAAAUACGGUACUUUUUUACUUUGUGUUCUUUCUUGACUUCAAUAGUGUUUUCAACCGAAAAUUUUUAGUUUUGAUUAGGGGGUACUUGAAUUAAAAAAAUGUUCACAGGGGGUACAUCACUGAAAAAAGGUUGAGAACCACUGGUCUACACUAAUCUCUUAUGUGUGACCGCCAUCUACUGCUCACACUUAUUCUCACACCAUAUACCGAAUAAAAUUGCUUCGAAGCCAGAAUUAAUACGUACAUUAGGCGCACUGUCCCAUUUUUUAGUGUGCAUUAUGGUCCGUUAAAUACGGUACUUUUUUACUUUGUGUUCUUUCUUGACUUCAAUAGUGUUUUCAACCGAAAAUGUUUUGUUUUGAUUAGGGGGUACUUGAAUUAAAAAAAUGUUCACAGGGGGUACAUCACUGAAAAAAGGUUGAGAACCACUGGUCUACACUAAUCUCUUAUGUGUGACCGCCAUCUACUGCUCACACUUAUUCUCACACCAUAUACCGAAUAAAAUUGCUUCGAAGCCAGUAUUAAUACGUACAUUAGGCGCACUGUCCCAUUUUUUCGUGUGCAUUAUGGUCCGUUAAAUACGGUACUUUUUUACUUUGUGUUCUUUCUUGACUUCAAUAGUGUUUUCAACCGAAAAUGUUUUGUUUUGAUUAGGGGGUACUUGAAUUAAAAAAAUCUACAGCACUGAAAAAAGGUUGAGAACCACUGGUCUACACAUAUCUUAUGUGUGACCGCCAUCUACUGCUCACACUUAUUCUCACACCAUAUACCGAAUAAAAUUGCUUCGAAGCCAGAAUUAAUACGUACAUUAGGCGCACUGUCCCAUUUUUUUGUGUGCAUUAUGGUCCGUUAAAUACGGUACUUUUUUACUUUGUGUUCUUUUUUGACUUCAAUAGUGUUUCUCACCUUCUUUAUCAAAGUGCGGGUACUCGCAGAUUUCUUUGACCGCGUGGGAUUCUUUGGGCACUCCAUUCCACAGGAUGGUAGUUUGACAUUUCCUCCAAAAGUGAGUCAAAUGAAAAGUGGGGCAUAGGAAAAGCGAGGUAUGUCAAAUAAGUGUUGUGUGUCCUGGUUUGAACCCAAACAAACGUGUGUGAACGCACCCUUUGAGAGUAAGAAGGGCUCAGGAGGGACAAACUGCCCAGUGCAAUUUGAUUCUUAGCAUUAGCAUCCCUGCUUCCAUUUGGCUUACAUGGCUCGCUAUUAAGACAAAAAAAAAAAAAAAGUGGACUCCCUCUCAGAAGCACACUGUGGAACAAACAACAUGCACAGACGCGCACAACAACAACGACAACAAGAAGGGGGUAAAAAGCACCGACGCCCUGGGAUGUUCUUACUUGUGUGGACUUUUUAAAAGUUGCUCAGCCUAAAAACCAAAGGAGCUUGAUGACAUUUUCACAAAACAAACAAAAAAAGUGCCAGCGAGGAAAAAUCUAAAAAGAAAAACUUUUGUCUUCUUCAUUGUGACGGGAAGCUGUGUGAUACUUUCUGACCUCAGUUUGUGGAGACGCUCCUCCUGGUUCCUGUUUUUGCACAAGCAGAUGGAGUGUAGCUGCAGACAAAGACGAGGAGGAGGGACGAGAACAUUAAGACUUUUUGGAUGUGAAAGACCACUUUCUACCCUCUGCCCUUUUCUUUGCCUUGACAACGUGCCCCGUGUGGUGAUAUGUGAAUGUGAACGAGCGGCCCACCUUGGCUCCUUUUAUUGGCUUUUUUUUUUUUUUCUUAAAGCGCAUGUAAAACCAUUUAACUUAUUUAAGGGGAAAAAAUGAAGAAAAACAAGCCUUGCGAAGAUGAUGAUGUGCUUUUUUGACUUUAUUUUGCCUGACAGACUGGAGAGCGAGAAAGUGGGGGAACUUCUAGUGAUUGUUUUAAGGUGGAACCUUUAUUCAUUCUGCAGAAGCCUAACGACAACAAACGCUUGGAGAAAAAAAAAAAAAAAAACGCUUCAACUUUCAUUUGCGAGCUUUUGCUGUGUCGUCCUCCUCAGAAACACUCCACAUAUCAAAGACGUGCACGCGGCUGCGCUAAUUGGCGGCUCCUUCCAUGUAGCUGAGGUCAACUUUGUGUCCGAGUCCUGUGACAACGUGCAGUAUCUUCCGUUGCCUGCACAGAUAAAGUUUCCACCUUAAAAAAAAAAAAAACUUUUAUAGGAACUGAAAAACGUCCUGGUAGCACAGUAUUAUUAGCAAACAUGUUAAAAAAAAAAUACCUUUAGUAGACCAUAUUUGAAAGAGUAUCUUAUCAAGAGGGUAAAAGAAAAACAGCCCAGGGGGAUAAAAGGUGAGCUUCUCUAACUUUGUUAUAAUUCAUUGUAUACCUGUGUAUGUAAAUAUAAUGCAUUCCUAUUUUGCAGUCCAGAACAAAAUACUAUUUGUAAUAUAGAAUAAACUUUAUUAAGAAACCAAA